GAAAUUCUGAUUAGAAGUGUGUUAUGUGACGUGACAGACGGAGGAGAUGUAUGAACUAUUUUUGUAGUAGAAGUAUCACUUUUUUUUCUAAAAGAAGAAAGAUAAUAUUGCAUCUGCAAGGACAAGGGAAUAAUGUUCUGUAUGACGCAGCUGUUGAUUGUUAUGAUUGUUCAAUGCAAAUGUAGGUUAUGUUAAAAGGUCCAUCUGGAUGCUUAUGUUGUUAUGAUACUUAUCGCACGUAAUGGUUUCAAGAAAGGACACAAAAGUUUUUGUAUGGUCCAUGGAUGUAUGAUUGUGUGGCUAAAGUGAGAUUCAGUUAUGAGUAGUUUCGGAUGAUAGUGUAAUAGCUGAAGAUGUCUGCAUAAUUAAAGAGUUUCAAUUUUACGUAUUUGUUCCACGGCUUGGAUUGUAUAUACAAACAGGUUAUAGUUAGCAAGCGAUGGCUGUCGUCGUGGAAACUACCAUUGGGGACUUCACAGUUGACCUAUUUACAACAGAACGGCCAAAUACAUGCUUGAACUUCUUGAAACUCUGCCGAAUAAAAUACUACAACUUCUGUUUAUUUCAUUCAAUACAACACAACUUUAUAGCACAGACGGGGGAUCCGACUGGGUCUGGAAAAGGUGGAGAAUCUGUUUACAGCAAAAUUCACGGAGAAAAUGCCAAGUAUUAUGAAGGGGAAUUAAUGCCUAAAUUGAAACAUGAUAAGGCAGGUCUGUUGUCAAUGGUCAGCUGUGGAAAUAACAUGUUUGGAUCACAGUUCUUCAUAACCCUCGCAAAGGAUCUUCAGUCCCUGGAUGGUGAGCACUGUGUCUUUGGAGAGAUAGCAGAAGGUCACGAAAUUCUUCUAAAGUUGAAUGAAGCAAUUUGUGAUACCGAACAUAGGCCUUACCAAGAUAUAAGGAUCACUCAUACUGUUAUUUUAGAAGAUCCAUAUGAUGAUCCUCCGGGACUAAUUGUGCCCGAUUCUUCUCCUCUGCCAACUAAGGAAAAUCUACAGAAUAGCCGCAUUGCACCAGAUGAGGAACUGGAUGAGACGAAGGGUCGUUCUGCCAUAGAGAUCGAGGAAAUCAGAAAGGAAAGGGAAGCAAAGGCUCAGGCAACUAUACUGGAAAUCAUAGGCGACAUACCUGAUGUUGAUGUUGCCCCUCCUGAAAAUGUACUUUUUGUGUGCAAGCUAAAUCCUGUGACCACAGAUGAUGACCUUGAAAUCAUUUUCAGCCGAUUUGGAAAAAUUAAAAGCUGUGAGGUAAUACGUGAUAAAGUGACUGGAGACUCUCUGCAGUAUGCAUUUGUAGAAUUUGAAGACCGGAAAUCAUGUGAGGAUGCAUAUUUUAAAAUGGACAAUGUUUUGAUUGAUGAUCGAAGGAUACAUGUUGACUUCAGCCAGAGUGUGGCAAAGCUAAGAUGGAAGGGUAAAGGCCGUGGAGUGGAGCAUUUGGAUGAUGAGGGUAAUCCAAGGAAAGAUGGUGAUAUUCAUUACAACAACUAUAGACCUGACAAUGACAGGAACUCCUCGAGACGGGAAGAUAUUCGAGACCACGGAAGACGGGAGGACGUGCGCGGUGUUUCCGAUACCCGGAGUUCCGAAAGAGACAGAGAACGAGAACGCCGCUACUACAGUGAGAGAGAGCGCAGGCAUGGCGGAAGUAGUGGCAGCCGUGACAGGGACAGAGAGAGGGAGCGAGGUAGAGAUAGGGAUCGAGAUCGGGACAGGGAGAGGGACAAAGGAAGAGAGAGAGACAGAGAAAGAGACAGGGACAGGGACAGGGACAGAGACAGGGACAGGGAUAGGGAUAAGGACAGAGACAGGGAGCGGGACAAGGACAGGGACCGCCAACGUGACAGAGAAAGUGAUAAAGAUAGGGACAGGGACAAAGGUGGCAACAGAGACAGAAACAGUGAUAAGGAUAAGGAUCGUGAUAGGGAGGAAGAUAAGGACAGGGAGAAGGAGAAAGAUAAAAACAGGGAGAAAGACAGAGAAAAGGAAAGAGAGAAGGACAAGGAAAAGGACAGGGAAAAAGAAAAGAUGAAAGAGAAGGAGAAGUUGAGAGAAAAGGAGAGAAACAAGGAGAGAGAUAAACAUCACGUGAACAAGGAAUACAUUGAAGAUGAUGUUGGAGAUCAUGCUAAGGAGAGAGAUUCUCAAACGGAGAGUGGAAGGACUGGUGGGAAGACAUCCAGUAAGGAUGGAUGGGAGAGAGCUGAUGAGGAGCGACUGCCCAGGGAACCGAAGAGAAGUGAUGGCAGGGAGAAAUCUCAAAACGUAGAAGGUGGAAGUAAUGUGAAUGGUGCACAGCUUGCUAGGAGAGACAGCAGUGGUUCCAGUGAGGAAGGCACCAGGAGAAGAGGGGCAGAAGCUGUGGAGAAAAACAGAAGUACAACUCCUAAGACAGUAGCUGUCCAUGGUUCGGACAAUGGUACUGAAAGAGUCAAAGCACACCACAGCAGAGAUGACUUGUCAGAUGGAGGAGACAGUGACACACAAAAGGCCAGAGGGAGUGAUUCUGCCAGAAGAAAAGAAAGGCCAGGGACUCCUUCUGGCAAAAUGAGCAGGAAAGGGGGAGAAAAUAGUCAUCAGUCUGGUGCCAACAGCAGAAGCAAAGGACCAGGAGAUGCGACAUCGUCUGGCGAGCAUAAUGUGAAGUCGGAAAGUCAGCUCCAGAAGAGACCGAGAAAUGCUGCUGCCACAGAACGCAAAGAUGGUGGUGCCUUGCAGAACAAAGGUAAAGAGAACUCUCUUUCUGAGCCUCAGAAGAAGAAAAGAAAGAAGAGUGAAGAUAGUUCUACAGACAGUAAUUCAGAAUCUUCGAGUGAGAGUGACAGCUCAUCUGAUUCAUCAGAAGAUAGCAGCUCAAGUUCAGAGGUGCAAAAAGGAAACAUGCAUCACAAAAAGAAAAUCAGACAAAAGAAGCAUGCAGUAAUUGCAAAGAAAGUCAAGAAAAGGAGAAGAAAAAAGAAGAAAAUUAAAGGAAAGAAAGGAAAGAUCCUAGAUAAAACUAAGAAGAAGCCUCGCAGAGGUGAAGAUGACUCGGACAGUGAUCGAUCCUCAUCAGAAGACGAUAAAGUUUUGCGUGCAGACUGCAAAGCAAAGAAGCGCAGGAGGAGAGACGUCAGCAGUUCGAGCGGUACUAGUAGUAGCAGUAGCAGCAGCAGUAGCAGCGACAGCAGUGUGUACAGCAGUAGUUCCUCCUCGAGCAGUGGCAGCAGUAGUGGGUCAGACAGGCGGAAGAAACAGAAGAAAAAGAUCAAAAGAAAACACAAAGACUCAAAGAAAAAGAGGAAGAAAAAGAAGAGAAAGAUUGUAGCUACACCAGUGAAACGUCGCAGGAAAAUAGUACGAAGUCGUCGCAGUUCUAGUUCUGACAGUGACUCAGAUGUUUCUAACGCUUCUUGCGGAAAGGAUCCCGAUGCCAUUGCUCGGAAGAUCAGACAGUUACAAAAGAAACUACAAAAGAGUGAAAAUCACUCUGCAAAGACAAAACAUCACAAGGUAGUGACUAAGAAUGCAAAUGACUCAGAAUCAUCAGUUGAGAGUGAUACUGCAGCCUCAAAGGAGAUACGUCAAACAAAAAAGAAAACUAAUGGGAUUGAGAACCACAUUCGAAAUAAAAAAAAAGAUCACCACAAUCACAGAGGCUCGACAGCCAGUGACAGUGCAAGAGAGUCUGCCACUUCCCGCUCAGCUGAUGCUUCAUCUGCUACUCCUCGGCCGAAGAAGUCAGCUAGAGCUGGCUCUCGCUCUGAUGUGUAGUCACCCUGCAUUCAGGAUACACCAUCCAUUUGUGCUCAUUGGUUUCCAUUUACUGGAUGCAUUUGUGAUCUCCCUGUGUGUGUGUGUGUGUGUGUGUGUGUGUG